GCUUGCCGUAGUAAACACGGAAACACUGUGGACAUGGUGGUAGACAGCUAGCCCCCUGCUAGCCUCUUUCGGCUUUUUGUAUUCAUGGCGUAUACCUCUGUCAAAGGCAAUAUUUUGUCUAUUGAUGAAGGGGGUUGUGGAGGUGAUGUUGCUUAAUAAUGGGAAAUGUUUUCGGGAGAAAGAGUCAACCUUCUCGUGUGACCGAACAGGACAAAGCCAUCUUGCAAUUGAAGCAGCAGAGGGAUAAGCUGAAGCAGUAUCAAAAGAGAAUCACCCUACAACUGGACAAAGAGCGUCUUCUUGCAAAGCAGCUCCUAAAAGAUGGCAAGAAAGAAAAAGCAUUGCUGCUUCUGAAGAAAAAACGCUAUCAGGAUCAGCUGCUCGUCAAGACUGAAAAUCAGAUUUCAAACCUCGAGCGCAUGGUUCAAGAUAUUGAGUUCAUGCAAAUUGAGAUGAAAGUCAUUGAGGGGCUGAAGGUUGGAAAUGAUUGUCUUAAGAGUAUGCAUGAGAUCAUGUCAAUUGAAGAUGUGGAGAGAAUCCUGGAUGAGACCCAGGAAUCAAUUGAAUAUCAAAGGCAAAUAGAUGACAUGCUGGCUGGAGUCCUGACGCUGGAGGACGAGGACGCCGUUUUAGCCGAGCUAGAAGCUAUCACUCAGGGAGAAGAUGUAGCACUUCCAGAGGUCCCCACCGAGCCACUACCUGAAGUCCCAGAGGCAGCUAAAGCUGAACCAGAGAGGAGAGAAGCAAAGAAAACACCGGAGAGAGAGAUGUUGGCAGCGUAACACACCAAAUGAGAGGACUGAAGCUUGGCUGUCUUUCUUCUGAUAGCCACUCUGUGAUUCUGAGUAUUUCAUCCUUAAAUGUUUGUUGAUGAAGGUGAGGCCUUUGCUGUUCACCUUCAUAAAGGAAUAUCUACAUAAAGGAAGUGAAAUGUCUGGACCUUGAUUAAACAAUGUCACAUUGUAACUCUCCUAGUUUUGGCAGAACACAACAAAAAGACUGACUUUUAGAUGUUUUACACAUAAAAUCAUUUUUUUCCAUAGUAAAAUGAGCUGUGGCAACAACA